ACAACUUGUACUGCCUAAAUACAUCAGCAAUAAAAUACUGAGGAAAAGACCUUCCAAGUCUCUUCCAUAGCCUAGUAUAUUAGUGGCAUCUCUCUCUUCUCUUUCUCCUUCUUCCCCUUAAUAGUAACUCAACAAGAUCAGAUCCAAAGGAGGUAAUCUGUCUAUCCUCAAAAUCACCCUGAUCAGUCACAAACAUCAAUCAAAUCAAACACAAGAGGCAGAGAGAGAAUCAAGAAAAAUGUCUGCCUCAUCCGCUGCCUUUUCUCCGGACCACCUCUCCCCCUCCGACCAGCUCUGUUAUGUCCAUUGCAACUUCUGUGACACUGUCCUCGCGGUGAGUGUUCCCUGCAGUAGUCUGUUCAAGAGCGUCACGGUUCGAUGUGGUCACUGCACCAACCUCCUGUCUGUGAACAUGCGUGGUCUGCUUCUUCCUGCAGCUAACCAGCUUCAUCUUGGACAUGCUUUCUUCACUCCUCAGAAUCUCCUGGAGGGUAUCAGAAGCGCUCCGUCAAACAUUAUGAUCAAUCAACCCAACCCAAAUGAAUCGGUUCCACCUAUUCGAGGAGUUGAGGAGAUCCCUAAACCUCCAGUUGUUUCCAGACCUCCGGAGAAGAGACAGAGAGUCCCAUCUGCCUACAACCGCUUCAUCAAGGACGAGAUCCAACGGAUUAAAGCUGGGAAUCCUGAUAUAAGCCACAGAGAGGCCUUUAGUGCUGCUGCAAAGAACUGGGCCCACUUCCCACACAUCCACUUCGGACUUAUACCUGAUCAACCCGUGAAGAGAUCUAACGAAGGAGAUCAGGACGUGCUUAUGAAAGAUGGGUUUUUUGCUCCUGCCAAUGUGGGUGUCUCCCCCUACUAGGAAGUGCACGUCAGUUCUCCUUUGCGUUCUCUCUUCUUUCACCAUGUUGUAGAAGUUAGGAGUCAGCUUGUUUCAAGUUUCUUCUAAUCGGACUAUUUAUCUCUAAGUUUGGGUUGCAGCUUGUUUUUUGUUAAUUGUACAUGUGGGGGAGAUCAUUUUGAACUCUCCUAAAUGUUGAUGAUCAACCUGAUGAUCAUACAUAAUGUUCUUAUAACCGGUCUAAGCUUGGUUGCUGAUUAAUGUCGUAUUUAAUUUAAUGCGUUUGAUCUAUCCCAAAUUAAUGUCAAACCUCUCCAUUAUUGUGUCAAAAA